AUGAACCAAAAAACAACUUCAGCCACGGCUGUUGAACGCAGGCCUGGCAGAACUUCCAAAGCAAAUAUGACAUCAAUGGUCUCAUUAUCUAACGAGACAACUGAAAAAAAUGGCAUUGGAAUAAUAGUCAAUGCUAAUAUCGAAGACGAGGUUAUUAAACGUGGUCGUGGAAGGCCAAAAAAAGUUCAGGAUCUCAAUAUCAAACAUGGUCGUGGAAGGCCCAAAAAAGUUCAAUUUCUAAAUGGUAAUGGUGUUGAAAUUAAUCUUGGUACUGGUGAAUCUAAUGCAAACAACAAUAAUAGCGAUACUAAUGAUAAUUUACAAUCAUCUGUUAGACGUGGUCGUGGUAGACCAAAAAAAGAGGGUUUAAAUGAUAAGGUUGCUGAAAUCAAUCUAAACAAUAAUAACAGCAAUGUUAAUGUUUAUUUGCAAUCACCAGUUGAACAUGGCCGUGAAAGACCCAAAAAAGUUCAGUUUCUAAAUGGUAAUGGUGUUGAAAUCAACCCUAAUAUUGAUGAACCUGCUGCAAAAAACAAUAACAGUGAUACUAUUGAUAGUUUACAAUCAUUAGUUAAACGUGGUCGCGGGAGACCCAAAAAACAUCAGGAUCUAAAUGGUAAAAGUAUUGAAAUCAAUCACUGUAUUGAUGAAUCUAAUGCAAACAAUAAUAACAGUAAUGAUAAUGUUAAUUUGCUAUCAUCAGUUAAACGUGGUCGUGGAAGACCAAAAAAAGAGAUUUUGAAUGGUAAAGAUGCUGAAAUCAAUCACAGUAUUGGUGAACCUGGUACGAACAAUAAUAACAGUGAUGAUAAUGUUUAUUUGCUAUCAUCAGCUAAACGCAGUCGUGGAAGACCAAAGAAAGAGAUUUUAAAUGGUAAAGAUGCUGAAAUCAAUCACAGUAUUGGUGAACCUGGUGCGAACAAUAAUAACAGUAACGUUAAUGUUUAUUUGCAAUCAUCAGUUAAACGUGGCCGUGGAAGACCCAAAAAAGUUCAGUUCCUAAAUGGUAAUGGCGUUGAAACUAAUUCUGUUAAACGUGGUCGUGGAAGGCCAAAAAAAGAGGGUUUAAAUGGUAAAGAUGAUAAAAUCAAUCCCAGUAUUGUUGAACCUAGUGCAAACAAUCAUAGCAGUAACGUUAAUGUUUAUUUGCAAUCAUCAGUUAAACGUGGCCGUGGAAGACCCAAAAAAGUUCAGUUCCUAAACGGUAAUGGCGUUGAAACUAAUUCUGUUAAACGUGGUCGUGGAAGACCAAAAAAAGAGGUUUUAAAUGGUAAAGAUGCUGAAAUCAAUCACAGCGUUGGUGAACCCGGUGCAAACAAUAAUAGCAGUCAUGUUAAUUUUUAUUUGCAAUUACCAGUUAAACAUGGUCGUGGAAGACCCAAAAAGGUUCAAUUUCUAAAUGGUAAUGGUGUUGAAAUUAAUUCUGGUGCUGAUGAACCUGAUGCCAACAACAAUAAUAGUGAUACUAUUGAUAGUUUACAAUCAUUAGUCAAACGUGGUCGCGGAAGACCCAAAAAACAUCAGGAUCUAAAUGGUAAAAGUAUUGAAAUCAAUCCCGGUACUGAUGGAUCUGGCGAAAACAAUAUUAACAGUGAUACUAAUACUCAUUUGUUAUCAUCAGUUAAACGUCGCGGAAGACCAAAAAAAGAGAUUUUAAAUGGUAAAGAUGCUGAAAUCAAUCCCAGUAUUGGUGAACCUGGUGCAAACAACGAUAAUAAUGAUGAUAAUGCUUAUUUACAAUCAUCAGUUAAGCGUAGUCGUGGAAGACCCAAAAAAGUACAGUUUCUAAAUGGUAAUGGUAUUGAAACCAAUCCUGGUGUUGACGGAUCUGGCGUAAACAACAACAAUAGUGAUACUAAUGGUAGUUUACAGUCAUUAGUUAAACGUGGUCGUGGAAGACCCAAAAAACACCAGGAUCUAAAUAGUAAAAAUAAAAAUAAUACUGUCCCUACAGGAAAUGGAGGCGAAAAGCAAAAAAAAGCUAAAGUACAUAGAAGUAAUAGACAAAUAAAGAAUAAAAGUGCAGAUAAUAAUCAAUCACAUCAAUCUAACAUUCCUAAUAAAAAACCUGGGCGUGGUAGACCAAGACAUCAAGAUAAACUUGAAAAUAAUCAUGAAGAAGAAUCCAAAAAAUAUAAUAUCAUUAAACGUGGCCGAGGUAGGCCAAGUAAAAAUAAUGUCAUAUCACACACAUCACAAGAUCAUAAUAAAUUAAUUACAGCUUUGGAGAAUAUAAAUAAAAAUCUAAAAAUUGAUUUUUCAGGUCAAGUUGAAGUUCCAGUAAAACGUGGUCGUGGUAGACCAAAGAGAAUUGGUGAAGAAAUCAAUAACCCUGCUGCUCAAAGUUCCAAGAAACGUAAAUUGAAUAACACAGAUGAAAUUCGUUUAUACAAAAAAAAUUUAAUUAGUGGUGGGAAAAUUGAAGUUUUAUAA